AUGGGUAAGAAAACUACUGAAUUUGAUCAAGAUUAUGAAAAAAAAAAAGCUACUAUUAGGGAAGUUUUUAGAUCAGAUCUAAUUUCUGGACAAGUACUUAAACAAGAUAAGAGAUUGAUUUCUGAGACCUCAAUUGACACCGAAAGAUUUAAACCUAAAUCAAUGACGGGCCUUGUUUCUAUUAAAGAUAUGGGUGCAGCAAUUAACACGAAUGUCAGCACACAAUCUCUCUCAAAGGACAAACAGGAUAAAGGGAGCUUUUCAAAGGCUAAAAAAAAAACUCAUGAUAACAUUAAUAAAGGAGAAGUCGUAAGACAUAGGAGUAUUUUACAAGAAAACAAUUUAAACUUGAAUUAUCAUCCAACCAAUGAUCAUAAUAAAACCAUUUAUGAAUCAAUAACUCGAUGGGUUUUAAAUAAUAUUUUUGAUGGAGAUGCCCCUCACGACGUUAUACUAAAUGCUACCGAUGUUUUAAUAAAGUCACUAAAACAGAAUAACACCAACGAAGAUGAUGAUGCAUUAAUUAACAAAAGGCAAUUGCUAGAAAGGGAACUCGGAAAUGGAAUAGGAAUCAAUAAAACCGCGUUUCAAGAAUUGUUUGAAUUAUGUCAAAGUUUAACUGACUACGGUUUAGCCUUUUUAAAUGGUGCAUCAGAUGCAGCGGCUAUAAUGUAUGACUCAGAGGAAGAUAAUGAAAAUGCUAGUAAUGAAGGGGAAGAUAGCGAUGGUCAGAAAUCUACAGAGCACGAGAAAGAAUUUAUUUUUGAUAUGUCUGAAAGCGACGACGCUGAAUUGGAAGAAAAUAUAGAUGACAGCAAAGAGAAGACAGAUUCGGAUACUGAUUCAGUUAUUGAGUUGGCUUCAGAUUCUGACAGUAUCUCUAUUAACGACGUGAAUACCUCAUACAUAAGUGAUUAUUUGGCUAAAAAUUUAGAUCAAAAUGAAGAUUUAAUACCUUUAUCUGAAAAGGUCACAGAGCUUUUAAUAAACAUUCUAGAUGACGAGUCACAAUUAGAAGAAUCCCUAUCCGAUUUAUUUGCUUUUGAUAAAUACUAUAUUGUACAGCACUUUAUCAAAAAUAGAUAUCAAAUUGUGUGGGGGCUAAAGCUGGCAAAAGCAAGUGAUAAAACUAAAGUGUUAAGGGAAAUAAAUGAAAGUGGAUUGGCUCAUCUAUUGGUGAAUAAGCAGAAGAGGAAAAGCACAAAUCCAGAAAACUUGCAAAAGUUCAAAAGGACAAAGCCUGUUAAAGAUAAAGAUUCACCGCAAUUUAUCGAUAUUGAAAAUGUUUUAGCAUUGUCAUUGGAAACUACCACUUCCCAAAAGGUGGUUUUACCCGAGGGCUCAUAUAAAAUUAUCAAAGACAAUUACGAGGAAGUCCAUAUACCGGCACCAAAGACUGUUAACGAUGAUUAUCCUUUGGUAAAGAUAGAAAAUUUACCUGAAUGGACUCAUGGAGUAUUUCCAGCAAAUGAAACUCAACAUUUGAAUCGAAUUCAAUCUGAAGUUUAUCCAUCUGUUUUUAAAACCGAUAAUAACAUUUUACUAUGUGCUCCUACUGGUGCUGGUAAAACCAAUGUAGCUGUUCUUUCGAUGUUGCGGGUCAUUUCACACUUUUUAAGACCAAACAAUAAACCAAACCUAGAAGCAUUUUGUAUCGUUUAUAUUGCUCCAUUAAGAGCCCUAGUUCAAGAGCAAGUGAAUGAAUUACAAAGAAGAUUUAAAUAUUUGGGAAUAACUGUCGCUGAAUUAACCGGGGACUCUGUAUUAAGCAGAACUGAUAUCCGCAAUUCCCAAAUUUUGGUUUCAACUCCUGAAAAAUGGGAUAUCAUAACCCGGAAACGGUCCAACGCCAAUAUUAUUUCUUUAGUGAAGCUAAUAAUUAUCGAUGAGGUUCAUUUAUUACAUAAUGAAAGAGGUCCCGUUAUAGAGAGCAUUGUGAGCAGAACUCUCCUGGAUAAUGGUAACGAUUGCCGGAUUGUGGCUUUAUCAGCCACGUUACCAAACUACAUAGAUGUGGCAGCAUUUUUGAGGGUUCCUAAGGAGGGACUAUUUUUUUUCAAUUCAUCAUAUAGACCUUGUCCACUAGCACAACAAUUUGUUGGAAUUUUUGAACAAAAUGGUUUAAAAAAAUUAACUGCACAAAAUCAAGCCUGUUAUGACAAAAUGCUUGAUACGGUAAUAGAGGGGGAAGGCCAGCAAUUAAUAAUAUUUGUUCAUUCGCGUAAAGAUACAGCAAAAACCGCUUUAUGGUUGAAAAAUAAGUUGCUGGAGGAACAGAAAAUGCAUUUAUUUAUGAAAAAGGAUGAUAAGGGGGUGCAAGGAAUUUUAGAAAAAGAAGCCGAAAACGCUAAAGAUUUAGAACUGGGGGAGUUGAUAAAAUACGGGUUUGGUAUUCACCACGCUGGUCUAUCCAGAGAAGAUAGAUCUCUUUCAGAAGAUAUGUUUGCUGAUGGUUUGUUAAGAGUCUUGGUUUCGACAUCUACUUUAGCUUGGGGGGUCAACUUGCCCGCUCACACAGUAGUAAUUAAAGGCACCGAAAUAUAUUCUCCUGAACGAGGCGAGUGGACUAAACUAUCUCCACAAGACAUUUUACAAAUGCUAGGGAGAGCUGGUAGGCCCAGAUACGACACCAAUGGUGAAGGUAUAAUAAUAGCAAACCAGGAGGAUAUCCAAUAUUUGUUGGCUAUAUCAAACGAGCAGUUGCCAAUUGAGUCGCAAAUGGCCAAACGAGUUGUGGAUUGUUUAAAUGCUGAAAUUGUUUUAGGAAAUAUUAAGUCCAGGUCUGAUGCCAUAGUUUGGCUAUUUACUACAUACCUAUACAUUAGAAUGAAAAAAGACCCUGAAUUGUACAAUGUUGAUAAUAGCAGACAUCCAGAAAGAACUGAUUUGUAUUAUUUUUGUGAAGAUAUUUGUCAUUCUGCUUUGAAAAUUUUAGAUGAUGAUAAAUUGGUUAUAUACAAUCCUGUCUCAGGAAAGGUUAAGUUUACGGACUUGGGUAAAAUUGCGUCAUUUUUUUACUUAAAACAUGAAUCAGUUUCAAUGUACAAUAAUAAGCUUUCCAAAGAGUUUACUAGCGUUGAGCUUUUGAAAUUAUUUUCCAAGUCCGAUGAAUUCAAGUACAUGACAAUCAGACCAGAAGAAAAAUUUGAAUUACAAAAAUUAUUAGAAAAAGUUCCCGUGCCGAUUGGUGAUACUAUUGAUGAACCGAUUGUUAAAGUGAAUGCACUUGUUCAGAGCUAUAUCUCCAGGCUAAAAUUUGAUGGGUUUGCCUUGAAUGCAGAUAUGGUAUUUGUUAAACAAAAUGCCAUUAGAUUGUUAAGAGCUAUGUUUGAAAUUGCUUUGAAGAAGAAAUGGUCCAGAAUUUCCAAAACUUUAUUAAAUUUUUCAAAAUAUGUUUCCAAACGAAUGUGGCUGGUCAAUAGCCCGUUGAGACAAUUUCCAACUUGUCCCGUUGAAGUUAUUAAACGUAUGGAGGCCUCUCCUCUAGCGUGGAAGGAUUAUUUAGAACUACCUACAGCGGCCGCAAUUGGUAAAGCGCUAAGAUUGGAAAAGCAUGGUAAACUUGUUUAUGAUUUAAUUAAAAGAUUUCCAAAAGUUCAGUUUUCCUGCACUAUUCAACCAAUUACUCCAAGCUUUUUGAAAUUUGAAAUAGAAGCUGUUCCGACUUGGAUUUGGGAUAAAAGAGUUCAUGGGACCUCUGAGUCAUUUGUGGUAAUAGUAGAAGAUACCAAUGGUGAUAAUAUUUUAUAUACGGAAAAUAUACUUUUUAGAGAGGAGCAGCUUGGGUCUGAGCAUAUUAUUGAAUUUACAUUGCAAUUAAAGUCCAUUGAAUCGAAUUCUUUACCACCAAACUAUUUUGUUAGUUUUAUUUCGAAUAAUUGGUUAAAUUGUGAGUAUAAAGAACCUGUUAUUAUGAAAGAUUUGAUUCUUCCUAAACCCCUCCCUGCACCUCACAUGAUUACAGAUGAUUUAGAACUGGUACGCACCUCUAUUUUUAACGAAAAUGCUAUUUCAAAUCUAUUUGAUUUUAAAACUUUUAAUAAAAUACAAUCUGAAGUUUUUGACCCAUUGUUCAACUCCAAUGAAAAUAUGCUAGUAUGUGCUAGCAAGAAUAGUGGCAAAACAUCAUUAGCUGUGGUUGCAUUGGUAAACCACUGGAGACAAAACAAAAACAGAGCGAUAUAUAUAUGCCCUAGUCAGCUGAAAGUAGAUCAACUUGAAAGGGAGUGGAAAAUUAAAUUUGCCACUUUUGGCAAAGUGGUAAACAAACUAACUCCAGAUUUAAAAACAAACGUUGCAUUACUAGCCAAAACACACUUAACUUUAAGUACUCCAUCGCAGUUUGAAAUUCUAUCUAGAAACUGGAGAAAUAGAAAAAAUUUGCAACGGUUAGAAUUAUUUAUUGCAGAUGACGCCCAUGAAGUUAGUAAUGUUGAGUAUGGUGCAUUUUAUGAAAAUGCCAUAUCGAGAAUGAUUUUAAUGAAAUCUCAACUUGAUCUGCCGUUAAGAAUCUUAGGAUUUUCUGCUUGUUUAUCCAAUGCCAGGGAUUUUGGGGACUGGAUGGAUGUCAAAAAGAACUUAAUUUUCAACUUUGCACCUAACGAAGGAUGUUUAAAUUUAGAAGUUAAUUUUGAAAGUUAUGGGGAAAGCGAUACUUAUGAGAUGCUGGAAAGUACAAUUACUUCAACUGAAAAGAUCAUUAAAACUGAUGUUUGUAUUCCAUUAAUUUUUGUUGCUACCAGAAGAGAUGCUAUAAAAUUAUCUAUGUGGCUAAUCAAACACUUUAGUGAAAAGAAACAGUUGUUACUUAAGAUGGAGAAGGAGGAUAUUAAUGAAUUAUUGGGGAAGUUUACUGAUAGGUCGUUGCGUUUUUCUUUGGAACAAGGUGUUGGCAUUUUAUAUAAAGGGAUGUGUGAAUCCGAUAAGAUGUUUGUUCUGAAAAUGUACCAAAACUUUAUGAUAAGUUAUUUAAUUGUGACAAAGGAUAUGUGUCAUAUUGCGCCAAGUAGUCAGAUGGUCAUUAUAAAGGGAACUUCUUACUACGACGGUAAAAAGUUCAAAUUAGUUGAUUAUUCCAUGAAUGAGAUUUUAGAGAUGGUAGGAUGUGCGCAAAACUUUAAUAACGGAACCAACCAUGCGGGUCAAGUUUUUAUUAUGACGGAUAAUAAAAUGAAAGAGUAUUACAAAAAUUUUAUAAUAGAUGCUCUCCCCACUGAAAGUUAUAUUGCUUAUAAUUUACAUGAAAGUAUUAUGAUAGAAAAUGCUAAUGGUGUUAUAAGUUGUAAAGAAGAUAUAAUGGAGUGGAUAACCUUUACAUAUUUUUAUAGACGAUUGCAUGCUAAUCCGAGUUUUUAUGGUGUAAAAGAUGUUUCUGCAAUCGGUAUAUCUGCAUAUUUAACUGAAUUAAUAGAGGAAGUGUUGAGUGAUCUAAGUGAAAGUUCCAUUAUUGAAGUCAUUGAGAAAAAUAUCGAGGCAGAUAGGGAAAGAAAAGACAAAGGAAGAGAAGAAGAAGAAGAAGAAGAAGAAGAAGAAGAAGAAAAAGAAAAAGAAGAGGAGGAUGAUUAUGACAACACUAUUCAGCCAUUAUAUGGUGCGUUGAUUAGUUCUCAUUAUAAUAUCUCAUUUACAACAAUACAGUUGUUUUUGAGCUCACUAUCUAAGAUUUCCAAAUUAUCCCAAAUAAUAGAACUGCUAUCACUUUGUACAGAAUUUGAUUAUAUUCCCAUUAGAAAAGAUGAAGAAAGAGAAUUAUUCAAGUUAUAUUCAAAAUUACCUUUAAAAUUAUCUAACACAGAUAAUUUUAGUAUUUAUUCCGUUGGAUUCAAAGUUUUUGUUUUAUUACAAUGCCAUUUUUCUAGAAUCAAGAUUAAUGUCGAUCUUCAAAUUGAUUUACAAGAUAUUUUGAUAAUUGCUAUUCCAUUAAUUAAUGCGAUGGUUGAUGUUUUGGCAGCUGAAGGCAAUUUGGUUGCAACGACUAUAAUGGAUUUAAGCCAAAUGAUUAUCCAGGGCUGUUGGGAUGUAGAUAAUCCAUUAAAACAGCUUCCAUAUUUUGCUGACACAAACUCAAUUUUCGCUAUUUGUGAGAACAAAAAUGUUGAAACUAUUUAUGAUAUAAUGGCCUUGGACGAUAGCGAUAGAGAUGAAAUAAUGGCUAUGCUCGAUAGUCAAGAAAAAUUGAUGCAAGUCGCAACUUUUGUUAAUAAUUAUCCAAAUAUUGAAAUGAAUUACUCUCUUAAAAUACCUGAGGAACAUAUAAAAGUCAAUCAAAAUUAUAGUUUGACUGUUACCAUUGGCAGAGACGAGGAACCAGAAGACUUGAAAGCCAUUAGUGCAGUUUUUCCAUACAAGGUGAAUGAAGAAUGGUGGAUUGUUGUGGGUGAGGUUGAAACUAGAAAACUGUACAGUAUUAAAAAAGUUAUAUUGCCAAAAGAGCAGCAAACAUUUGAUUUGGAUUUUUCAGUUGAGGUGCCAGGUACUCAUAAAUUGUGCGUUUGGUGUAUAUGCAAUUCAUACCUAGAUGCGGACAAGGAAGUUACUUUUACGAUUACUGCCAAUUGA